GCGAGUUUGUGCACGCGAGUGUGCCAAAAGUAUAUAGUAGUGCCUUUCUCUCUCGAGCGCGCGCGCGAGAUUCUUAUUUUUGCGCUUUAUACACACGAGCGCAAGAGAUCGAAAGAGUCGAGAACGCGUUCAUCGUAGAGUAGCCGGCGAUUGGCGAUCGGUUCGAAGAGCGAGACACAUACUCGAGUGACAAAUUGUGCGUCGAAGCGUUUCACACGCGCAAGGUGCCAAUCUUUUAUGCAAAAGCACGACCCGCAAAGCUUUCGGUCGAUCGAAGCAGUGUGACCCUGUGACCGUGUGGAAAAAUCGUCGUCUCUCUAUCGUAUAAAAGUGCGCUCGGUGUGCGGGCGAUGCGAAAGUUCGGUGUAUAGAGCGGGCAAGUUCGCAGAGUGUGCAGUGCGCGGCGUGCAAGGCCAACAUCUGUAUCGCAGUAUAGGAGACGAUGGCACUGGAAUCGUCGACGAUGGCCGCCGACUCGACGGUCCGCAGCCAGGACUCGAGCAACAGCAGCGACUCCAAGGAGACGAAGAUGUCGAAAGUUUCCACGACGAGCAGCAGCAGCAGCGAAGCCUCCAAGGUCGCCGAGAGCUGCGUCGAGUCCAAGCACUCGAAAGACGCCCUCAUCGUCGAGAACGAUCAGCAGCAGCAGCAGCAACCAACUAGAAGCAGCAGCCAAAAGGCUCAUCGAUCAUCCGCGGAAGCUCGACAGCUGCAGCCGCAACUGCAGCAGCAGCUACAGCAACCGCCGCCGCCGUCGUCGACGACAGGACAGCAGCAGCAGCCACAAAUCGACACGAAACAACAGCAGCAACAGCAGCAACAGAGCAGCAGUAAAAAUAGCGGCGCGCCAAAAAAUGACUCGAACUUGCUCAUGCUCACCUCGUGCGGACAACUCUUGCUCGGCGUCAUACUGGUGGUGUUCGGCGUGCUCGUGCUGGUGCACGGCGCCUCGCUCGGCCAAACGGGCGCCGGCCUGUGGGCCGGUUUCGGGGCCCUGUGCGCGGGCGGCCUCGGCGUCGUCGCCGCCCUGUCGACCAGCUCGCUGACGGGCAAGUCGAGCUCGGGCUUCGCCUCGGCGCAUCUGGCCUCGAGCCUCGUGGCGCUGGCCCUGUCCAACUUGGCCGCCAUCACCGCACUGACGGCCGUCGUACGAGACUCCCAGAGAAACGUGCCCGACGUAGCUCUACUGCAGCUUCCGGACGACGAGGGCGUCGAGGUCGAGGCCGGCUGGUCGGGCCUGCUGGCGAGCUGCGGCCUGCUCGUGGCCUCCUGCGCCGAGCUCUUCCUGUCGGGCUACACGAGCCUGACCCUGGCCCCCAAGCUCUGCAGCUGCCUCAGACCCGCCUCCGACGACUGCCAAGACGAUCUGGAGGCCUGCGUGGUGGCCGUGGACGGCCAAGGCAAGAACCUGAAGACCCGCAACAUGGUGCACCAGUGGGUGAUCGCCCAGUCGCCGAGCAAGAAUCAGCCGUUCUACGUGGUGCAGCCCGUGCCGAUGCCCAUGCAUCCGAUGAUCCAGGCUCCGUACGGAAUAGCAGCCGGCAAGUACCACGGGGGCUUCGUGGCGGCGGGCGCCUACGGUCAUCUACCUGCUAUGCUGCCGGCCUAUCAUCAUCCGCCGGGCCCGCCGAGCUCGGUCGCCGGUCAGCAUCGGCCACCCUCGCAAAUCGCCCGCAGCAAGUAUCAAGCCGCGAUGGUGGCCGGACAGAAGAAGCGUCGCCACUCGUCGGACCAGUCGGACGGCGAGCUGAGCAGCGGCGGCAGGCAUCAUCAUCAUCAUCCACACGCUCAUCCGUCUCAUUAUCGCCGAGGCACGCCGAGCAGCGCCAGCUCGCCCGACACCCCCAAGAAUCAUCAUCAUCAGCGAUCGAGCUCCAAGUCCACGAGUCCCAGUAAAGAGUCACCGCCGCCGCAGCUCGACAUGACCGACACCUACACGGGCCUGGACAAGCGCAUAAGCGAGGAGUUCAUCUCGAUCGCCAUGGACCCGGAGCGCAAGAGCAACCGAGCCUCGAGUCAUCACGGCAGCGACAUCGAGGCGGCUAGAAAAGCAGCGACUACCGCGGCUACCUCGUGAACGCGCCGAUGAACCGCACGAAGACGAAGAAGAAUAAGAAGAAGAAGACCGCGAGGAAUUUUUGCUAAGAGCGACGACGACCCCACGAUGCAAAUGCCUCAGAGACGUGUGAAGCGAGAUCGAUCGGUAUAAAGCGAGUGCAUGCACUUGCCGAUCUCUCUCUCUCUCUCUCUCUCUUUCUCUUAUAGCUACGCUGCAACGCCACGAAUAUUUAUGUAUAAAAAUACCGAACAGAGAACAAUUACUUUUUACACACAUAUCUGGGUCGCUCGUUCGUGUUCACGCGCGCAUAGCCAGUGAUUAUGAUGAAUUUUCAAACCUGCAGUGGCAACUGCAUACGUCAAUACCGAACGUGCGCCACAAUUGCUUCCAUGCAACUGCAGCCGCACGCUUCGCUGGGGACUAUGCCGAUGCGCGAUUUAUUAUUAUUAUAUACCUACUUUUGUAUAUAACAGCAGCGAUAGCAGCAACAAAAAAACUCGCGU